CUAAGAAUAAGUUACUAUCUCCCUUUCAGUCAGGCUUUAUAGCCGGAGAUAGUACGACAAAUCUCCUUUUAGACGUGAUAGAAAACAUAAGAGCGGGGGAUGGAAAACGAUAAGGUGGUAAGAGCAGUUCUCCUAGAUUUUCAGAAAGCUUUUGAUCAAGUUUCCCAUGAAGGGUUAGUAUUUAAACUGAAGAAGAAGGGUGUUAAAGGAAAAGCACUGGCCUGGAUAGUCGACUAUUUACGUGGUCGAACUAGUCAGACUAUGAUUGACGGUGUAACUUCAGCUCCCUGAGGCAUUUCCAAGGGCGUGGCUCAAGGCUCGGUCCUUGGACCCUUAUUACUUCUCAUCUACAUUGAUGAUUUGCCGAUAAAAAUUGAAAGCACAAUUCGAUUAUUCGCUGAUGACACUCUUCUUUUUUCGCACGAUAGUGAUCUUGUUCUUGCCUCUGGCUCGAGAUCUUAUCCGUGUUGUAGAAUGGGCUAAGAAGUGGAAAAUCCCUUUGAAUCCUACCAAAUGCGAAGCAAUAAGUUGUUCUACCAGACAAUCGAGAAGUAUCACUUUUACCCUUCCUGUUUUAUCACUCCUAGGAGUAGUUUUAUCUGAAAAAGAUUUUGUUAAAUAUUUGGGGCUUUAUCUUUCAUAUAACUUGAAAUGGGACAAACAUAUUGAUAAUUUUGCCUCAAGAGGGGAAUCCCUUGUUGGGCUGAUGAGAUGGCACGCUAGACUUUUGGAUAAGGCGGUUCUUCCUUCUAAGCUCAUUAUACGUUCUUUUUAAUACAUUCUAAGGCGCACAUAUGGCGAAAGCCGUUUGCGCAAUGGUUCUUUUUUCUUUUUCAAUAAAAAGUUUUAUAUAAAAAAAAAAAACUUUCAACUUCAGCGUCGGAGACAAGGAAAUGGUCAGAAAAAAAGCAUUGUUUCUUUGUCCUAGCUACUUCUAUGUGUUUCUGCUUUAAGUUUUUAACCGAAGUCCUACAUGAAACUUCAACAUAGGACACUAGUAAGACUAAUAAUUGAUGUACCUUGGUGUUUCAAUAGUGAACUUGUUCCACCGAUAAGCGAACAGACCGAGUUCGAGUCUCGACAGGAAAGAAAACUUUUUUUAAUAUGUCUUAUCCAGAAGGCACAUCAGAGCGACUUCCAAGGAGCCGACACAUUAAUGCGGCUAAAUAGGAACCGACUCCAGCGUCUUCCAUGCGACUCAAAAGAAGACCGACAGAUGUGAGUACUAUAGUACCCUCAACUUGAGAAAGUCUUUGGGGAUCAAAUGGUUAGUUAGAAAGUACGUCUCUUGUGCAGUUGCUUUCUUCUUUAUACCAUUUUUUAGUCGCUCUUCACGCAUGCAUUGAAACAGCAAUUUUCAAGAGAUCGUCAUUUAUCGUCUUCUCCUAGUGAAAUUGUGCUCAGGAAAAGAGCAGCACAUGGUCAUACAAAUUCUGGACGAAAGUUGAAAAUACAAAAAUGUGAAAAAGUUGAGCGUCGGGAGUAUUUACCCGCUGAGGAAGAACAACAAAUGGACGAUUUAUUAAUGUUCGACGAACAUAUCAAUGGGAUGGUGGAAAUGUUACGAACAACAAACUAUGACAUGUCAACCGUGAAACAGAAAUUUGAUUUUACGUAUUCACAUCGACGGCAAAUGAUAAUGAAUAACACCUUAGUCAAAGAAAUCCUUGAAUAUUACCCAGCAUUGACAAUUACAUCUAUUUUUCUUCGUGAAGUCAACCUUCGCUGUGAUCCUUACUUCAGCAGUGUGUCAGAAGCAGUUAAGAAAAACUUUCAUAAAUUAUCGUUGACUCUUAGCGAACAGUUAACUAAAACCAUUGGAAAGGAAAAUAUUGAUAGUGACGAUUUGCCAUUCGCAGUAUUGGAAUAUAUAAUGAAACGAUUCAAACAGUCGAAACGACUUUUGAUAAAUGAUACUCCAGUGGCUGUAUAUCCAAUGAUCCAAACAAGAAUGAAUGAUGAUGAUCGACUUAUACUGGAUUUGUCUUAUGAUCAAGAUUUGCCACAUGUCAAUUUUCUAUGUAUUGAUGUCGAUAAUAAGGCAAAUGUAUCAUUAGCACAACGUUUUCGUAUUGCAAGCGUCUAA